AGUUAUUUAUACUUAUAGCCAAGCAUAGUAGAACUCCAACCCAGUAGCACACUAUUCCGAACAUAGGCUUGCAAGCUGCAAGACAGUACGUAACAGCCAGUUACGUAACAGGAGGAGCAUUGGUCAUAUGCGCCUGAAGAUACGAAGCAAGGACCAUCCAAAAUAUACAGAGAGAGAGAGAGGUUGUUUUGUUUAUAACUGGAAAUUUGGUGGGCACGUGGGUUUUAAUACUGAAUAGUUGAAAUUUUGAAUUUUACAUCUAUUAUUUUUGAAAAAAAAUGGAAAGUCCUGAAAAUCAGUUGACCUCUUGGGAAAAUAGAAGAGUUGGCAGAAACAACCGAGAAUCUGGUCUAACUCAUGAGUGUGGAGUUUUUGGAGCCAUAGGAAAUGAACAUUGGCCAAACAAUUCAGAAAUAGCUCAAUUUAUUUGUAUUGGCCUCGAAGCAUUACAGCAUCGGGGCCAAGAAUCAACAGGUGUUGUAACCAGUGAAGGAGACAAUGACUUUCAUAUUCAUAAAGGAAUGGGACUUGUUAAGCAUGUUUUCAACAAUGACAGUAUUACUAAACUUAAAGGCCCCUUAGGAAUUGGUCAUACCAGAUAUUCAACAAGUGCAAGAUCAGAACAGCUCAACUGUCAACCUUUUGUUGUACAUUCAAUGCACGGGACCGUUGCUGUAGCUCAUAAUGGAGAGCUAGUUAAUGCUGCUGUUUUGAGAAAACAGGUUCUAGGAAGGGGAAUAGGACUUUCAACACAUUCUGAUAGUGAACUCAUUACUCAAGCUUUAUGUUUGAUACCACCUGACGGCGAAGUUAAUGGACCCGACUGGCCAGCUCGUAUUCGCCAUUUAAUGCAAAUGGCACCUUUGAGUUAUUCACUCUGCAUUAUGUUGAAGGAUCGUAUCUAUGCCGUACGUGAUCCAUAUGGAAACAGACCAUUGUGCUUAGGUCAAAUUAUGCCUCCGAAUGUAGAAGCACUGAGUGGCUACAAAGAUGGAGAAAUUUCACCUGAUGGAUGGGUUGUUUCUUCAGAAUCGUGUGCAUUUCUGUCAGUUACCAGAUUUUUUCGAGAAGUCCAACCUGGAGAAAUAAUUGAGUUGUCUCGUCAGGGUAUAAAGUCUGUCGAUGUUGUACCCCCACCAGAGGGUAAAUCCAUUGCAUUCUGCAUUUUUGAGUAUGUCUAUUUUGCUAGACCUAAUAGUAUGUUCGAAGGUCAGGAGGUUUAUUCUGUCCGUGUACAUUGUGGAAGACAACUCGCAUUAGAGCACCCAGUAGAUGCUGAUAUGGUAGGUUCUGUUCCUGAAUCUGGAAAUGCAGCAGCCUUUGGAUACUCUAAACAGUCAAAAAUACCACUUGGGGAACUAUUGACCAAAAACACUUAUGUUGGAAGAACUUUCAUUCAGCCUAAUAACAGGCUGAGGCAACUUAACGUGGCGUUGAAAUUCAGUGCCAUUUUAACAAACGUGAAAGGGAAGCGUAUAAUCUUAAUUGAUGAUUCCAUUGUUAGAGGAAACACUGUUGGUCCAAUAGUCAAACUAUUGCGAAGGGCUGGUGCUAAAGAAGUUCACAUUAGAGUGGCAAGUCCUCCAUUGAAAUUUCCCUGCUACAUGGGAAUCAAUAUUCCAACAAAGGAGGAACUCAUAAUGAAUAAACUUCAAAACACAAAAGAGUUUGCUGAAAAAGUUGGCGCCGACAGCAUUGAAUACUUGAGUGUAGAAGGGUUAGUUAAAGCUGUCCAAAAAGAUAGUGUUUCUUCAGGAAGACCCAGUGGUCAUUGUACAGCAUGCCUCACAGGAGAAUAUCCGGGUGGGCUUCCAGAGGAAUUAAGUUGGUAGAUUAUUCAAAGAAUUUUUAGUCAAGUAAAAUGGGGAGGGAAACAAGUAGUGGCAUACAUUUUUGUACUUUGAAAGAGUAGAAAUUGGUUCAUGCCACAUUUAAGGGUUGUGUAAUAUGGUUUACAAUUGAAGUCACAUUUCAGUUAGUUGUACUGUUUAUAGGUUGGAUUGCACCAAUUCUUUGAAAAUGAAUAUUUUGUUUCUAUAUUAAUUGUAUGCAAGCAGAAUGAGUGGUGCUGCUGUUAUUUUACCUGUUUUUUGAACUUUCUACAUACUGUCUAUGAUUUUAAUGUUAACCUUAACUUGAAUGUGCGCUUCAGGACAACCUUUUUUUAAUUUCACUGUUUUGAAAGGUUCCCAAGUAAUUAGAUGUCAUGUUUCAAAAGGUCAUCUAAACCUGUGGACAUUUUCAUAUCUAAUGAUCAGGAUUAUUAGCCUUUAAAAGUAACUAUUGAUGAAACAUGUUUAUUUAUGUUUGUAAAUUCAUUAAUUUUAUUUAUUGACUCACUAUUACCAUUAUAAAACAAUACCAGAAUAUUGUACAGUACUGAAAGAAAUUAACCUCAAUAUUUUCAACUUUGGGUUGAAUAAGCAAAAUCAGAUUGGCUCAAGAAACAACAAACUAUUAUAAGCAAAACAUUGCUUACUUCUUCGUUUAUCUACUUAUACUCUACUUAAUAUUAAGGAAUAUGCACCAUGCACAAACUGUAAAUUCAAAAAAACCUUGAAUGUAGUUGUUACUAUAUACUUCAAAGUAUAUAGAAGUAGAUACAAUGUUCAAAGAUAACAAUUCCUUUGGUUACAGUAAUUUUGACCACGUUUACAUGAAUAUAUAAUAUCCAUUGCUAUAACGAUCAUGGUUGGAAAAUGCACACUCUGGAAAGAAUUAACAUGGAUCGAACAUACCUACAUAUUUAUUUCUAUAAAACAUAUCCCUGAAAACCAUCAUUGCCAACAUAACCCAUCUGGCUGAUAGUCCAUAAAUUCAGCAUGUUUGCUGUUAGAGAGUUGAAGUUUUUUUCUUAUAAAAUGAAAAACUUUCGGUUUAUAUCUUUGCGUUGGUAGGAAUCUUUCUUUGUAGGACCAUAUUUCGACUUUCGUAUUAGUGAUGCCAGAUUUUCAGAGGAAAAAUGAAAGUGGAGUUGCACUAGUUAUUCCUAUUUUAUUUUUUCUUAAAUGAUACCAAAAAUUUUUAUUCCGAUUGUAAACUUUCAUUUUAAAUGCUCUGAAACGUACUUGCAUAUAUUUGACAGUUUUCAGUGGUCAUUUUUUGCAUAGGCUCUAUAAAAAAAUAUUUGAUCAGUCUAAAUCUUUUUUCUCUAAUUUCAUCCACCACUUGCCUUUUUCUUAUUAUUCCAAGUAAGAAUGGAGGGUUUAUCUCAUCCUUUCGAAAAAUUACUCUUUGACACAUUAUGAGAUCACUAAAUUAUUACACUUACAUGAAAAACUUGUUUUAUAACGCCAAUAUUAUUUCCAAAAGGUUUAGUGUUUAAUAGCAUUCAAUGAAAAUAGUUUGCAUAGACAUCAACAUUAGUUUUAAUAAUAUCAGUUGUUAGAAAUCCUCAUUUAAAAUGCUGUGUAAAUGUGGUCUAUAAUUUAAGAAAUACCGUAUAGAAGUAAACACAAGUAAAUUCACUCCCGGUCGGCGUCUUUGAUGUAUCGGCUCGAGAUUUUAUUUUUUGUUGGCAUGUGGCGGAGCAGCAGGGUGUAGACUAAGAGCUAUCGUGCACCUUUGCACGAGGUUCGAUCAAAAAAUA